AUGUCUGUAGCUGUAAUAACAUAUCUUCCCUGUGUGUCUGUACUAGCAGUAUGUCAGUAGCUGUAACAACAUAUCUUUGUCUGUGUGUCUGUAGCAGUAACAACAUAUCUUUGUCUGUCUGUUCCAGUGAAGGAGGAGGCAUUGGAGGCCCCAUCACUGAGCCGGGGGAGUAAACGUCUCUCUAGAGACUCAUCCCCCUACGCAGCCCCUCUUUCCCCUAAACUACUGCGCACCGAAGCACACCUUUCAGAAGGUAACACCAGCCAAUCAGCACCUAGCACCACCGUCUACUGGCUCACAGUACACGCAUACAAUACAUCAACACAAAUCAUAUAUAGAGGUUGGAGAAACCAGUAAAGACCUUUUGAUGAUCAGUGACCAAGUCCCAGAUCACAUUUUUGGAUGUCCAAGAUAAGAUUUUUAGAUGAUCACAACAGCUGAAUGGUAGUUCAUCCAUGAUAAUAAAAAUCACCUAAAAAACAACUGUUUGUUCCAUCUAUCAAAAUGUCCCACAGAGGUCCACCAAGGUCAUAUUCAGUGCAUUCGGAAAGUAUUCAGACAUUUACUGACAGCCUCAUUCUAAAAUGGAUUCAAUUUGGUUUUUUCCUCAUCAAUUUACACACAAUAUCCCAUAAUGACAAAGCAAAAACAGGUUUUUAGAAAUGUUUGCAAAUGUAUAAAAUUUAAAAAAAAAAACGAAAUUCCUUAUUUACAUAACUAUUCAGACCCUUUGCUAUGAGACUUGAAAUUGAGCUCAGAUGCAUCCUGUUUCCAUUGAUCAUCCUUGAGAUGUUUCUACAACUUGAUUGGAGUCCACCUGUGGUAAAUUCAAUUGAUUGGACAUGAUUUGGAAAGGCACACACCUGUCUAUAUAAGGUCCCACAGUUGACAGUGCAUGUCAGAGCAAAAACCAAGCCAUGAGGUCGAAGGAAUUGUCGGUAGUGCUACGAAACAAGAUUGUGUCGGCACAGAUCUGGGGAAGGGUACCAAAAAAUAUCUGCAGCAUUGAAGGUCCCCAAGAACACAGUGGCCUCCAUCAUUCUUAAAUGGAAGACGUUUGGAACCACCAAGACUCUUCCUAGAGCUGGCCGCCCGGCCAAACUGAGCAAUCGGGGGAGAAGGGCCUUGGUCAGGAGGUGACCAAGAACCCGAUGGUCACUCUGACAGAGUUCCUCUGUGGAGAUGGUAGAACCUUCCAGAAGGACAACCAUCUCUGCAGCACUCCACCAAUCAGGCCUUUAUGGUAGAGUGGCCAGACGGAAGCCACUCCUCAGUAAAAGGCACAUGACAGCCCACUCGGAGUUUGCCAAAAGGCACCGAAAGGACUCAGACCAUGAGAAACAAGAUUCACUGGUCUGAUGAAACCAAGAUUAAACUCUUUGGCCUGAAUGCCAAGCGUCACGUCUGGAGGAAACCUGGCACCAUCCCUACGGUGAAGCAUGGUGGUGGCAGCGUCAUGGUGUGGGGAUGUCUUUCAGCGGCAGGGACUGGGAGACUAGUCAGGAUCGAGGGAAAGAUGAACGGAGCAAAGUACAGAGAGAUCCUUGAUGAAAACCUGCUCCAGAGCACUCAGGACCUCAGACUGGGGCGAAGGUUUACCUUCCAACAGGACAACGACCCUAAGCAAACAGCCAAGACAACGCAGGAGUGGCUUCGGGACAAGUUUCUGAAUGUCCUUGAGUGGCCCAGCCAGAUUCCGGACUUGAACCCGAUCGAACGUCUCUGGAGAGACCUGAAAAUAGCUGUGCAGCGACGCUCCCCUUCAAACCUGACAGAGCUUGAGAGGAUCUGCAGAGAAGAAUGGGAGAAACUCCCCAAAUACAGGUGUGCCAAGCUUGUAGCAUCAUACCCAAGAAGACUAGAGGCUGUAAUCGCUGCCAAAUGUGCUUCAACAAAGUACUGAGUAAAGGGUCUGAAUACUUAUGUAAAUGUAAUAUUUCCGUUUUUAAUUUUUAAUACAUUUGCUAACAAUUCUAAAAACCUGUUUUUGCUUUGUCAUUAUGGGGUAUUGUGUGUAGAUAGCUGAGGGAAAAAAAACUAUUUAAUCAAUUUUAGAAUAAGGCUGUAACAUAACAAAAUGUGGAAAAAGUCAAGAGGUCUGAAUACUUUCUGAAUACGCUGUAUAUUUGGAUUGGGCAGAUUGGUUAGAGUAAGGGUCUUGUGUAUUUCUCCUGCAGAUACCCUGCCCCAUGAGGAGAACAGCCUUCUGAAGGAGCAGUGCUUCAUGGACUCAAACUCCAUGACGCCACGCCCCCAGGCUCUGCGCAGCACCUCCGACUACCACACCCACUCUGGCCACAUCCACUCCCAGGCCAGCAGCCCCUAUUACCCAUCCCAUGGCUCCGGACGCGCCCACAGCACGCCACUGCACCGCCACGCCUCCAACCCUGCGGACCUCCCCUCCACACACACCAACAGAGGAGUGGAAGGUAAGUCCUGUAGGAGCCAGUCUCUCCCCAUGGUGUGUUGCUAUAUCCAAAACCCUACUCUGCUCUCCGUGUCAGUCUGGUUGCUGCUACUGGGUUGGCUUUUAGUUGAAGACCCAAAUCCCUGGAAUAUAUGAUCAUUGCAAUCUCUUUGAAGGAGCGUAGUGGCAUUUGCAACAGUAAAUCAUCUUAAUGUUCAGAUUACGAGCCCUGGGUUUAAACAACUCGGACAUGAAAUGUCUCAGAUCCUAUCUUAAGGGGCGUAUUGAAAUGGUGGAUGUGAACCGGUCACUGUCCAAACCCAAAACUAAUAUCUGUGGAGUACCACAAGGAAUAACCAUUUUAUUCCCUACUGUGUAUCUCUGAUGCUACUAUAAGCUGUAGACUAUAGUGUUACUGCUCGGUUGUUUUUGUUCUCCAGCUGCCAGCUCCACCACGGGCCCCGAGCCCCCGGCCCCAGGCAGACAGACCCCCACCACGGGCCCCGAGCCCCCGGCCCCAGGCAGACAGACCCCCAGGGGGGCAGGGUUGGGCAGGAACCCCUCUACCUGGUCCAUCGAUGAGGUCAUGCAGUUUGUGAGCGACGCCGACCCCUCAGCCCUGGCCCCGCAUGCUGAGCUGUUCAGGAAACACGUGAGUAACGUCUGACCAUAGAGUAGAGGGAAAACUACUGUUAUUACUGACCAUAGAGUUAUAACCACUGUUAUUACUGACCAUAGAGUUAUAACUACUGUUAUUACUGACCAUAUAGUUAUAACUACUGUUAUUACUGACCAUAGAGUUAUAACUACUGUUAUUACUGACCAUAGUUAUAACCACUGUUAUUACUGACCAUAGAGUUAUAACUACUGUUAUUACUGACCAUAGAGUUAUAACUACUGUUAUUACUGACCAUAGAGUUAUAACUACUGUUAUUACUGACCAUAGAGUUAUAACUACUGUUAUUACUGACCAUAGAGUUAUAACCACUGUUAUUACUGACCAUAGAGUUAUAACACUGUUAUUACUGACCAUAGAGUUAUAACCACUGUUAUUACUGACCAUAGAGUUAUAACCACUGUUAUUACUGACCAUAGAGUUAUAACUACUGUUAUUACUGACCAUAGAGUUAUAACCACUGUUAUUACUGACCAUAGAGUUAUAACCACUGUUAUUACUGACCAUAGAGUUAUAACCACUGUUAUUACUGACCAUAGAGUUAUAACCACUGUUAUUACUGACCAUAGAGUUAUAACCACUGUUAUUACUGACCAUAGAGUUAUAACCACUGUUAUUACUGAUCAUAUAGUUAUAACCACUAGAGUAGAGGGAAAACUACUGUUAUUACUGACCAUAGUUAUAACUACUGUUAUUACUGACCAUAGUUAUAACUACUGUUAUUACUGACCAUAGUUAUAACCACUGUUAUUACUGACCAUAGAGUUAUAACUACUGUUAUUACUGACCAUAGUUAUAACUACUGUUAUUACUGACCAUAGAGUUAUAACUACUGUUAUUACUGACCAUAGAGUUAUAACUACUGUUAUUACUGACCAUAGUUAUAACUACUGUUAUUACUGACCAUAGAGUUAUAACUACUGUUAUUACUGACCAUAGUUAUAACUACUGUUAUUACUGACCAUAGAGUUAUAACCACUGUUAUUACUGACCAUAGAGUUAUAACCACUGUUAUUACUGACCAUAGAGUUAUAACCACUGUUAUUACUGACCAUAGAGUUAUAACCACUGUUAUUACUGACCAUAGAGUUAUAACCACUGUUAUUACUGACCAUAGAGUUAUAACCACUGUUAUUACUGACCAUAGAGUUAUAACCACUAGAGUAGAGGGAAAACUACUGUUAUUACUGACCAUAGAGUUAUAACCACUGUUAUUACUGACCAUAGAGUUAUAACCACUGUUAUUACUGAUCAUAGAGUUAUAACCACUGUUAUUACUGAUCAUAUAGUUAUAACCACUAGAGUAGAGGGAAAACUACUGUUAUUACUGACCAUAGAGUUAUAACUACUGUUAUUACUGACCGUAUAGUUAUAACCACUGUUAUUACUGACCAUAGAGUUAUAACCACUAGAGUAGAGGGAAAACUACUGUUAUUACUGACCAUAUAGUUAUAACUCUGUUAUUACUGACCAUAGAGUUAUAACCACUUAUUACUGACCAUAGUUAUAACUACUGUUAUUACUGACCAUAGAGUUAUAACCACUGUUAUUACUGACCAUAGAGUUAUAACCACUGUUUUUACUGACCAUAGAGUUAUAACCACUUAUUACUGACCAUAGAGUUAUAACCACUGUUAUUACUGACCAUAGAGUUAUAACACUGUUAUUACUGACCAUAGAGUUAUAACCACUGUUAUUACUGACCAUAGAGUUAUAACCACUGUUAUUACUGACCAUAGAGUUAUAACCACUAGAGUAGAGGGAAAACUACUGUUAUUACUGACCAUAGAGUUAUAACCACUGUUAUUACUGACCAUAGAGCUAUAACCACUGUUAUUACUGACCAUAGAGUUAUAACCACUGUUAUUACUGACCAUAGAGUUAUAACCACUGUUAUUACUGACCAUAGAGCUAUAACCACUGUUAUUACUGACCAUAGAGUUAUAACCACUGUUAUUACUGACCAUAGAGUUAUAACCACUAGAGUAGAGGGAAAACUACUGUUAUUACUGACCAUAGUUAUAACCACUGUUAUUACUGACCAUAGAGUUAUAACCACUAGAGUAGAGGGAAAACUACUGUUAUUACUGACCAUAGAGUUAUAACCACUGUUAUUACUGACCAUAGAGCUAUAACCACUGUUAUUACUGACCAUAGAGUUAUAACCACUGUUAUUACUGACCAUAGAGUUAUAACCACUGUUAUUACUGACCAUAGAGCUAUAACCACUGUUAUUACUGACCAUAGAGUUAUAACCACUGUUAUUACUGACCAUAGAGUUAUAACCACUAGAGUAGAGGGAAAACUACUGUUAUUACUGACCAUAGUUAUAACCACUGUUAUUACUGACCAUAGAGUUAUAACCACUGUUAUUACUGACCAUAGAGUUAUAACCACUGUUAUUACUGACCAUAGAGUUAUAACUACUGUUAUUACUGACCAUAGAGUUAUAACUACUGUUAUUACUGACCAUAGAGUUAUAACUACUGUUUUUACUGACGAUGGAGUUUUUCUAAAUGAUGCUAAUCCUGGCUGAUUUCUCUCUCUGUCUGCCUGUCUCUCUCUGUCUGCCUGUCUCUCUCUGUCUGCCUGUCUCUCUCUGUCUGCCUGUCUCUCUCUGUCUGCCCGUCUCUCUCUGCCUGUCUCUCUCUGCCUGUCUCUGUCUGCCUGUCUCUGUCUGCCUGUCUCUGUCUGCCUGUCUCUCUCUGCCUGUCUCUGUCUGCCUGGCUCUGUCUGCCUGGCUCUCUCCCUGCCUGGCUCUCUCCCUGCCUGGCUCUCUCCCUGCCUGGCUCUCUCCCUGCCUGGCUCUCUCCCUGCCUGGCUCUCUCCCUGCCUGUCUGCCUGUCUCUCUCCCUGCCUGUCUCUCUCCCUGCCUGUCUGCCUGUCUCUCUCUGUCUGCCUGUCUCUCUGUCUGCCUGUCUCUCUCUGUCUGCCUGUCUCUCUCUCUGUCUGCCUGUCUCUCUCUCUGUCUGCCUGUCUCUCUCUGUCUGCCUGUCUCUCUCUCUGUCUGCCUGUCUCUCUCUCUGUCUGCCUGUCUCUCUCUCUGUCUGCCUGUCUCUCUCCCUGCAUGUCUCUCUCCCUGCCUGUCUGCCUGUCUCUCUGUCUGCCUGUCUCUCUCUGUCUGCCUGUCUCUCUCUGUCUGCCUGUCUCUGUCUGCCUGUCUCUGUCUGCCUGUCUCUCUCCCUGCCUGGCUCUCUGCCUGCCUGUCUGCCUGUCUCUCUCCCUGCCUGGCUCUCUCUGUCUGCCUGUCUCUCUGUCUGCCUGCGUGUCUGUCCAUCCUCAGGAGAUUGAUGGCAAGGCCCUGAUGCUGCUGAGGAGUGACAUGGUGAUGAAGUACAUGGGUCUGAAGCUGGGCCCCGCCCUGAAGCUGUGUCACCACAUAGAGCGGCUGAAACAGGGGAAACUGUAG